AUGGCGAUUCAACAAUCCUACCUGGGCCACAUAAGUCCGCUGAAAGUUGUCAAGCGGCUCAAGAACACCUUUCGCCAAUGCUGGCACUUAGGAAUCACCGCCUUUGGCGGGCCACCCGUCCAUUUCCAGCUUGUGCGUAAUGCCACCAAGAUGCUCUAUUGUAUCAACUUGAUGCAUGAUGGCUUCCCCGCUGCCCUGUUUGGCCUGCUUUUGUGGAGUCUUCCCGGCGCGCUAGUCAUGUACGGCCUCUCAAUCGGGGUAUCCAGCAUCGGCGACAGCCUCCCCGCCCCGGUAUACGCCCUCCUCUCCGGUCUCAACUCCGCCACCGUCGGCAUCAUCGCCCUAGCAGGGGUCCAGCUCGCCGAGAAAACCAUCACCGACGUCCCCAGCCGGCUCCUCGUCUUUUUCGGCGCCUCUGCCGGCCUGCUGUACAACGCCCUGUGGUACUUUCCCGCCAUCAUGGCCGUGUCCGGGUUCGCCACCGUCGUCUACGAUUUUCGCUGGCUCCAUCCGCCCGUCAAGGCCGUCAGCAGCCUGAUCAAAGCUCCCCUACGCUACCUGCGCCGUAAACGGGAGCCCCCGUCCGACCCGCCCGUCGAGGAUGGCGGCGACGGCGGCGGCGGUGACGACUCAUUUGUCCGGCUCAGCAGCAACGUGGCGCGGACAGCCUCGCAGCGCAGGCACGAUGCCGCCUCUGGCGCGUCUUCGACGCUCCCGGUAACGGAGCAGGACGCCGAGGAGAGCCGAUCCGACACCGAGACGGAACCGCGCGUGAUCCCCGUCGAGCGCCGCCUCAGCUUCACGUGGAAGUUUGGACUCGCCGUCAUCGUCGGCUUCUUCCUCUCCUUCGCCGCCAUCAUGGUCGUGCGCGGCGUCGUCAAGAGCAAGCCGCCCCUCUACGACGUCUUUGCCAAUUUCUUCCUCGCGGGCACCAUCAUCUUUGGGGGCGGCCCCGUGGUCAUCCCUCUCCUGCGCGAGUACGUUGUCACCGAGGGCUGGGUCCGACCGCGCGAUUUCCUCAUCGGCGUCGCCAUCAUCCAGAGCCUGCCCGGCCCCAACUUCAACGUCGCCGUGUACUUGGGAAGCCUGGCGGCCAUCACUCUGGGGUAUCCGUCCAUCGUCGGUGCUCUCCUCGGGUACGUUGGCCUCUUUUUCCCGGGCAUCAUCAUCGUCCACGGCACCAUGGGUGUGUGGGGCUCCAUUCGUGGCCUGCGCUCCGUCAAGUCCGCCAUCCGGGGCGUCAACGCCGCGGCCGUGGGCCUCAUGUACACCGCCGUGUAUCGGCUCUGGCAGAUUGGCUACAUCGACGCGGGGUUCCAGCAGGGCACCAGCUUGGCGAACGAGCCCUGGUGGGUUGUCGUUACGGCUACGAGCUACGUGGGUGGGUAUUGGUUUGGCGUGAGCCCGCCCGUUGCGAUUGUUACCGGCGCAAUCAUGGGAAUGAUCUACUACGGAGUGACAACAGCGUGA